UUGGCUUCAGGCUGAGGGCAGGGAGUGGAUUCACUAGUCGUGUGCGCAGUUAUUGCUAGAAAUCUCUCUGAAGCAGAACUCUCAACUUUUCCCGCGGGUUAUCCAACCAGGAUGAAGGUUGAUAUUCAUAAUCAUAUUUUACCAAAGGACUGGCCCGAUCUGAAGCAGAGGUAUGGAUAUGAUGGGUUUGUCCAGCUGCACCAUCACUGCAAGGGUGAAGCUAAGAUGAUGAAGGAUGGGAAGCUGUUCCGAGUGAUUCAAGAGAACUGCUGGGAUGCAAGCACACGCAUACAAGACAUGGAUCAACAUGGUGUGACGGUUCAAGCCCUUUCUACUGUCCCCGUGAUGUUCAGUUACUGGGCCAAGCCUCAUGACACGCUGGAUCUCUGCACCAUUUUAAACGACAAUUUGGCCCAGACAGUGCGUAGCCACCCCAAGAGGUUUGUGGGCCUGGGAACGCUGCCCAUGCAAGCUCCUGACUUGGCCGUCCUGGAGAUGAGGCGCUGCGUGAAGGAGCUGGGAUUCCCUGGGGUGCAGAUUGGCUCACAUAUCAACAACUGGGACCUCAAUGCCUCUGAACUCUAUCCCUUCUACGCUGCAGCUGAGGAGCUGGGCUGCUCUGUUUUUGUCCACCCGUGGGACAUGCAGACAGAUGGGAGGAUGGCUAAGUAUUGGCUGCCCUGGCUGGUGGGCAUGCCCUCAGAGACAACCAUGGCUAUUUGCUCGAUGAUAUUUGGAGGUGUCUUCGAGAGAUUUCCUAAACUGAAAGUCUGCUUUGCUCAUGGAGGUGGCUCUUUCCCAUUCACCGUCGGCAGAAUUGAACACGGCCACACAGUCCGCCCUGACCUGUGUGCAGUCGACAACCAGAUCAGUCCACGGAAAUACCUUGGCUCGUUCUACACUGACUCCCUAGUUCAUGAUCCCACCUCCCUGAAGCUGCUCAUUGAUGUUAUUGGAAAAGAUAAAGUGAUGCUGGGAACAGAUUAUCCAUUUCCACUGGGUGAGCUACAGCCGGGAUCACUGAUUGAGUCAAUGGAUGAGUUUGAUGAGACACUAAAGGAUAAAUUGCUUGCUGGAAAUGCACUGGAAUUUUUGGGACUGAAACGUGAGCAAUUUGAGUAACAUAAAAAUCUCAAAUACAAUUGCUAUACCAAGUGAUUCAGUGUAACAGCUUUAUUCAGAUAUACAUAUUUUGAUGAUACAAAAUAUCCUGAAGCUUGUAUAGUGAUAACCAAUUGUAAUACGGUUUGUUAUAAUAAAGUAUUUUACUGUCAGCAUUGUUAUUUGUAUUGAGCUCAAUAUAAAACACAAGUGUCCCUGAGAACGGAAAUG